AUGGGGCCUUCCCCCUCCCCCCCCCAUUCGCAGCACGAGCUGCGGGGGCACCGGGACCUCGUUCACUGCCUGGCGCUGCGGGAGCUGCCCCCCCACGUGCUCUCGGGGGGCGAGGACGGCACCGUGCGCCUCUGGGAUCUCCGCACUGGGACCCAGGCUCAGGUCAUUGAGGUGCACAAGUACGAGGAGUGCAGCCGCCCCAACCACGGGAAGUGGAUCCGGUGCCUGGCCACGGACUCUGAUUGGAUGGUGUGUGGGGGGGGCCCGGCGCUCACCCUCUGGCACCUGCGCUCCGUGACCCCCACGACCGUGUUCCCGCUGCCCCCGCGCCAGCACCACGCGAUCUUCCACCAGGACCUGGUCAGUGCCGCCCCAUAGCGACCCAUAGGGACC